AUGUUGUGUAUUAAUGGGCUAAAUUUAAGGCAAUGCCUCGUUUUCCUGGUUCUGAUCAACCUUUGUGGAUCACUGCCGAAGACUGCUCCACCUCUGAAGCCAGAUUUUCCUUUUGCUUUCAUGUGGAAUGUUCCAACUGAGCUCUGUGAGAGAAAAUUUGGGAUCAGCCUGGACCUGACAUACAUUCAGCUUGUGAGCAGCACCUUGAAGACAGCAACCAACCAAAGCAUCACCAUUUUCUACACAGAUAGAUUUGGCAUAUUCCCCUACAUAGAUGAAGACACCGGAGAGGCACACAGCGAGGGACUCCCUCAGCUCAUAAAUUUCAAAGAACAUGGUGAACUAGCUGAAGAUGACAUAACCUUCUAUAUCCCUUCUGACCAACCUGGCCUUGCUGUCCUGGAUUUUGAAGAGUGGAGACCACAGUGGGUACGAAACUGGGGCACCAAGGACAUCUACAGGCAGACGUCAAUCGAAAUGAUUACACAGAGGCAUCUCUUUCUCUCUCACAACGAAGCAGAAGAUAUUGCCAAAAGAGUGUUCGAAGCGGCGGCCAAAAAGUAUUUUUUGAAAUCCUUGAAUCUGGGAAAAACACUUCGUCCAAAGCGUUUGUGGGGUUACUACCUAUACCCAGACUGCUAUAACUAUGAUUACAAUAAGGACAUGAAUGGCUAUACUGGUCAGUGCCCUGCGAUUGAGAAGAAGAGAAAUGAUGAGUUGCUCUGGCUUUGGAAGGAGUCCACAGCUUUGUACCCCUCCAUAUACCUGGAGCUUGCGCUGAAAGACACCAAUCAGGCAGCUCUCUUUGUUCGUCAUCGUAUGCAGGAGUCAAUGAGAGUCUCCAUGCUGCCAAAUAAGGACUACGCAAUACCCAUCUAUGCCUACAUUCGUAUUGUGUACAAAGACGGUGAUGAAGACUACUUGUCUAAGCCGGACCUGGUGCGUACUAUCGGGGAGGCUGCUGCUUUAGGAGCCGCUGGCGUUGUGUGCUGGGGAGAUAUGAAGGUCACGGAGACCAAGGCCACCUGCUCCGCUGCUCAACGCUAUUUGGAGAAAACGCUGAACCCUUACCUCUUGAACGUCACUACGGCGGCAAAGCUGUGUAGUACCGCCCUGUGUAAUAACAACGGGCGAUGUGUAAGGAAGAAAUGGGACCAGAGUGAUUACCUGCACCUGGACCCGUCCAGGUACCGGAUCAAGUGGUCAAUAACCGGUGAACUGUCAGUGAAGGGACGUCUGUCUCAGGAAGACGUUGACUGGUUUGAUAAGCGGUUCGACUGCCUGUGCUACACUGAUGAUCCUUGUUACUCACCUACAAAUUUGAACAAAGAGUCCAACUUUAGAUAAAUCUGUUCACCUCUA